AUGAAGAUCGGCAUCAUCAAUGCCGGCAAUAUCGGCUUAAAUCUCGCUGUUGGCUGGAUUUGUCAUGGACAUGAUAUUAUGCUGAGCAAAGACACACAUCCGGAACAGCUCAUGGAGCGUACCAGAAUCCUAGGGUUGGGCCGCGGGCUUAGCGAAACUGAGCUAUCCAAGUUCCAGUACGGUUCACUGGCGGACGCAGCCCAAUUCGGAGACAUUGUUGUCAUGGCGGUCUAUUUCCCACGACUUGAACAUGUGCUGGAAGAACUUCGCAUAGACGGCGUAACCCUCUCGGGGAAGAUAGUGAUUGAUACAAUGAAUCCACUCAACGUCGAUGCCGGCUUUAACCACUUCCACGAUCUCAAGUUCAUGGAGCAAACUUCCGUUACGGAGAGGCUUCAACUGGAAUUUCCAGAGGCUAUUCUAUUCAAGGCAUUCAAUAAUGUCCCAGCAGGUCUGCUUGACAUAACGAAAUGGUCCGAUGGCCACUAUCCGUCAAUCCUUUUUAUCGGUGGAAACUCCGUCGAGGAUGUUGUUCGGGUUCGAGCACUCAUUGGAACCUCUGGAUUCAAGCCUCAAUUUGCAGGGCACAAUUUGUCGGACUCAAGGAUAUUGGAGAAAUUGGGCAUAUUGAUGCAUCGCUUGGCAGACAACGAGUAUGGAGGCGACACUGCCAUCGCUAUUAGUGUAUUCAAGAGCCCAAGCGAAUGA